AUGAUACGUUAUUACCUCUUUAUUCAAAUUGCUACACUGGCAUUACCUCGUUAUAAGAAUUGCCACACUAGCACUACAUUUUUACCCGAACUGCUACAGCGUCACUACCUAGUUCGAAUUUCUACACAGUCACAACCUCUUUAUGUGAAUUGCUACGGCUUUAUUACCUCAUUCGAAUGGCUACACUGUUAUUACCUCUUUAUUCAAACUGCUACCCUCUCGCUACCUCUUUAUUUGAAUUGCUACACUGUAUCUACCUCGUUAUUCGAAUUGUUACUCUAUCAUUACAUCGUUAUUAGAAUUGCUGCACUUUCACUACAACUUCAUUCGAAUUGCUACAUUCUCACUACGUCUUUAUUCGAAUUGCUACAUUUUCACUACGAAAUUAUUCGAAUUGCCACAAUGCCACUACUUCUUUAUUCAAAUUGCUACCCACUCGCUACCUCUUUAUUAGAAUUGCUACACUGUUAUUACCUCUUUAUGUGA